AUGAGUUCAAACAAAGGUUCAGGUCGCUCAGGUCAUAUUGAGAAAAAUGUGAUCGGGAAAAGAGGUUCAAGCCAAUUUUAUGCCACAAGACAGCAACAAAAACAAGAUGAAUUAGUGAAGGAGAGACUAAGACGACGUGAAGACUCUAUGAGGAAUGCCAGAUCAAGUAUAGCCAAACACGAUGAGUUGAGGAAAGUGCUGGUGGCCUGCGCUGAACUAGAAGAGGAGCUAGAGUCGAAAGGAACGAGUGAAGACGAAAUUAAACGAGCGGUCAUGGCACUCAGGACCAAGCUUACAAAUGAAAAAGAAGAUGAGCAUGAUGAUAGGCAAAACAAAGUUUACAGCUAUCAACCAAGAUUUGCGUCCAAGUAG